AGCGACGCAGCCACCGCAGAGGCCGUGGAUCCCGCUUACGAGGCCAAACCGCAACAGGCCGACAUGCAUCUUCACCGUGAUGUGCUACAACGUGCUGUGCGACAAGUACGCGACGCGCCAGAUGUACGGCUACUGCCCCAGCUGGGCGCUCGAGUGGGAGUACCGCAAGAAGGGCAUCCUGGACGAGAUCCGCCACUACUCUGCCGACAUCAUCAGCCUGCAGGAAGUGGAGACAAACCAGUUCUACAGCUUCUUCCUGCCACAACUCAAGAUGGAUGGCUACGACGGCAUCUUCUCACCCAAGUCGCGUGCCAAGACCAUGACAGAGAACGAACGCAAGUUCGUCGACGGCUGCGCCAUCUUCUACCGCACUGCCAAAUUUACCUUGAUAAAGGAGCACUUGGUGGAAUUCACGCAGCUGGCGAUGGCCAAUGCGGAGGGCUCAGACAACAUGCUGAACCGUGUCAUGCCAAAAGACAACAUUGGACUAGCAGCCCUUCUGCACACCAAGGAGGCUGCCUGGGACAAUGGUUUACCACCAGACCCCAGUCAGUUCCAUCAGCCUAUAUUAGUAUGCACAGCCCACAUACAUUGGGAUCCUGAAUUUUGUGAUGUAAAGUUGAUCCAGACAAUGAUGUUGUCAAAUGAACUCCGCAGUAUCCUGGAGGAUGCCAGCCACAGCUUCAGGCCUGGACACAAACCUGAUCCAAGCAGCAUACAGUUACUGUUGUGUGGAGAUUUUAACUCUCUUCCAGACUCUGGUGUGAUUGAAUUCCUGACAUCUGGAAGAGUUCCUGCUGAUCACAAGGAUUUCAAGUCACUUGCAUACAAAGCUUGCCUGCAGAAGAUUUCUGGCUGUGAAAAACCAAAUGAAUUCACACAUUCCUUCAAACUUGCUUCCGCAUACAGUGAAGAUAUUAUGCCCUUUACAAAUUACACGUUUGAUUUCAAAGGAAUCAUUGACUACAUUUUCUACUCGAAGCAGAGCAUGACACCGUUGGGCCUGCUUGGUCCUCUUGCUCCUGAGUGGUUGAGAGACAACAAGGUCGUUGGUUGUCCACAUCCACAUGUACCAUCAGAUCACUUUCCACUGCUGGUGGAGCUCGAGAUGAUCCCAACUGUGCCUCCCUCAUCAAACGGCCUGAUCUCGCACAGGUAGCAGCAGCCCAGAGUGGUUCCUGCAGGAAGCACUGCCAGUUUGCGGAAGCAACCCCAGAGACUGUGAACCCGUCUUUCAUCUCAUGCUGCCCACAAAGCUGGAAUGAGGCAGCUUUACUUUUAUUGAGCAAGGCAACUCCUUAGGCUGCCAUAUUUUUGAAACUUUAGUUUUAACGUAGAUUCAGUUGACAUUGGCAUGGAAUGUUUGCUACAACCACAAUUCAUUAUAAUUAGAUAUAGUGCCCUUCCAUUCCUCAAAUGAGAUUUAAAUUUUCACUACUUCAAACACUGGUAAAGUGUUUUGUGUUCCCAAAAACUGCUUUGAUUGUUAUUUAAAAUAUAAUGUGUACUUUGGACCUUCGUGUUCAACUUCUGUCUGACACCUCUUUGUCUCUUACAGCUUCCAUUCACCUCAGUUUUCGUGAAGUAGUGUAACUUACCAAAGUUUCUUAUAUGUGCAGCCUUAAAUCAUCCGUCAUGUGAAAAUCAGUGUAGUAUAUGAUAGUAUUCAUACAGACAGAUUUUUUAGAGUUGUAUUUGAGAAUCUAUGUGGUUGCAUAGUUGAGAUGUAACUGUGACUGAGUCAUCAGAUGAAUAAAACCCUUUGGGUAUCAUGUUGCUCAUCUAUAGGAGGUUUUAAAAAUGAAUGUGGAUAUGUAAGGUGAAAUGGAAGUUUUUACAUAAACAGUGAUUUCAGUAAGUGUGAGAAUGAGUAUCCUAUGAAGUUUGUUUAAUUUGUAAACCACAGAAUUAACAAGCAUUAUACCUAUCCUCCCAUGUCCUGUUCCUCUAUCCACACCCCUCCACCACUGCCCCCUUUUAAUGUUGCUUGUCUGUUGUCUAAAAGUUUGCUUUGAGCUUGUGCAAUAGUGGUUGACAUUGAAGAUGACUUUCCUUGAUGUCAGCUAAUUAGCACUUUGGCAGGUAUAAGUUGAGUCUUGUUUUAUAAACAGUGUUAUUGUAGUAUGAUGUGUCCAAUUAAAUUUUUCAUUUCAUUUUACAUUUCAGUGAGCAAUGUUUUAUGUACAUUUUUUGUGUAAUGAGAGAUAAUGUCACAGUUAUUUUUAGAUGGCUUUAUUCCUUUUAAGUUUGCAUAUUUGAUAUUUAUGCUACAGUGUUGACUGUGAAGUAUGUGCUUCCUAAUUUAUUAAUUUGAUAAAGCAUAGGCAUUGAAUAUGUCUUAAUAGGAAAUAUUAGAUACUGUGACAUUUACUCUCUGUAUGCCUGCAGCAUGAGCACAAAGUAUAUAUUGUAUUAUUAAAUUUUAGUUUGAUCUCAGUGUACUAAAGACAGAUACAAUGAGUUGCUAUGAAUGUUGGAACUAUUUUAUGCUUGUUUAGGUUAUUAGAGAUAAAUUAUUACUUUUGUCAUGUUUACGUUCUCAUGAAAUGUAAAUUUGAUUACUUAAUGGAUCCACCAUCACAGGAAACAUUUUUCACCUAACAUAUCAAUAAAUGUGUCGGCUGAAGGCAAGUUGGUGAUGAAAGAAACUUUGUAUGAUGUAUCUUGCAACUGUAUAUCAUUAAUGAUUAUGGCAGUUACAAAGCAGAUUGAAGUUAAUUUUUCUAUUUUGAAUAUAAAUUUCUGGAAUGAUGUCAAUAGUUAUGACAAAACAUGUACACUAUGUCACAUUGUAUUGGGAUAACAGUUUUGUAUACAAUUUAAUUUUUGAAGUUUUUCUUAUGUUUACAUUAAUGUCAUAUGUAUAAUGAAGUGAAUGUUUGUUUGAGCAUUGUCCAACAGUGUCUUUGCAUGACUUUCUUUGUUUGGAAAGUAUUUGUUAAAAUCCAUAGUAUCUGUAGUGUGAACAUCCCAUACGGAACUGUUUACUUACUGUAUACAUUUUUAUGGGGUAUUCACUGUGUGUUCUGAUACUAACUGGCCAAGAAUGCUUAUGAUGAUAAAUGUUCUACGAAUUGCAAAAAGAAAGAAAAAAAGAAUUGAUGAUAUUUUUGUGUCGGGGACCAUCAUUCUAUUCAACGAGUGUUCACUGAAAGAUAAAAGUUACUCCACAUUUCCCUCUUAGUUCUGCAAGAAUGUGCUUGAAAUUCAUAUUUUUGGACACAUUCUUUUUACUGUACAAUAUUUUUUAGUGAUUUAAGGUGCUUGAUGUACAAAAGUUUUUAAAUUAAGGAUUUUUAUUAAUUUCAAAAUAUUUGUUUUAUUGUUUCUUUUACAUUGACAUUACUUUUCCUGUAACAUUGUACCAAAACAUUUAUUAAUAUGAUGUUUUAUAUUCCAGAAUUUUUGUCACAGUAAAAAGUUAUUGUGAGAUUACAACUACUUAGGAUUAUUUUUAUGUAGUCAUGUAAUAAAAAACCAGUAUUUGUUAAUUAAGGUGAAUGGAGUGAUGAUUGGAAAAAUAGUUCAUUGCUACAUUAUGUUGUCAGAUAAAGUAUCUUCUUACACUAGUGCUCCACAAAAAGUUGUAAAUACAUUAUGACAAAACUGUAGGGAAGAUGUCUGAUACUGUGUUCCAGAACACAGUGUUAUGUUAUCUUUAUUCCUUUUCUCAGGCUGUGUUUAUUAAGUAGUAUCUGCUGAUGGUUUUGUUCACCAUCAUAAAAGAAUGUGAUAUUCAUUUACAUUUUAUCAACUACAGAAGUAACUUUGACCUCCCCCACCCACCCCACCCCACCCUCGCCCACCCCAAAUUCCAUCCCCCAAAUCCCAAAUUCCACCCUAACCCAUCCCCCAUCUCCUUCAUCACCUUUUUUUCUAAUUUGUGUUGAGUCAACAGUCAUAGAUUUGUGCAGCACAUUAAAUCAAACUGUCAUGCAGAGUUUUUAUAUUAGUUAUUUGAAAGCUCUCAUUAAAUUAGAUUAUAGUUCAACAUGAAGUAUUUUUCCAGUCUUACCAGAGAAUUGUAUGUGUGCUGCCUUUCAUUAUCAAAUAGUGAAUUAUUUUAAGCUUAGAACUUAAAUUUAGUGAUCUUCAGAGAGGAUACAGUUAGAAAAGCCUUAUACCUCUAUAAAUGUCUUACUCUUAAGAGUGCUACUGAGUUACCAUAGAUUACUGCCUCUGCUAGACCUGCUUGCUUGUCUGGAUCAAAUCUUUGGUAUUCAUUCACAUUUGCUGUAAGUAUGUUGGAUACUUACAGCACAGGGCAUUUGUGAAAGACUCUUAGAAAAUGUAGUACUGAUAACAACAUAGAAACCCUAAAUAUUUAAUUUCACUGUGUCUACCUAUGUGAAUCCUUCACAUGUAGGCCACAGUGUGGUAAGAACUCUUAUUUGCAGGCUUAGAUCUGGUCCGUGUGCUUCUAUGUAUUUUUUCAGUAUGAUAGUAUUUAUAGAUCACUUUCAGUAGGGCAUCCUGAAAAUGAUGAAAAUUUGAAUGUUUAAGAAAAGACACGGCCCCAUGUGCAAUUUGCUUUGUGGAUGUAGAAAUUCCUGUUUCACCUUGACCAGAACCGAAAGGAUUGUUGACAUCUGAGGAAGACAAAAAAGCACUCAGUUUUGUUGAAUACACAUUAGACUGGUGCUGCAGCCAUCUCCUCAGAUCCCUAAUAGCAGUAGGAAUCUCACGCAUUUGCAGAAAGUUUGCUAAUGAAGGGGCUUUACAGUAAUAUUAAUGUAAGCCUGUUUUCCUAAUGACAUGAGGUAAUUGACACAGUUUUUUUUUUUAAUCGCCCCUUGCUCCUAAGUAUUGCUCUUAGAACAGCAUUUAUGCCCCACUUACCAUUUUUCACAACUCCACACAGCACUGCCUUCAUUUAACGUGUGAUAUUUUGUUCAAUCUUGAAUUUCUGAUGUAUCAGGUCUGCAGGCAGAGCAUAACAAGUAAGAAUUCCAACAAAGAAUAGACUGCUGAGUUUUAUUAGCCCAAGAUUACAUCAGUUUUCAUGUUUUAUAAAACUGUUAUUUUUGUGUUAAGACCACAUAGUGACAUUAAUAGUGCAUGAAUUGAGAGAGCAGGACAGUAGUUGAAAAGGCUAAUGAUACACUAUGUGUUACAAAGAAACAAAUUUUCUCACCGCCUUUUAAUAUUCAUACAAAUAAAAUAUUACAUUUGCAAGAACUGGUAAAUUACUUUAUUCUUGUUUGAUAGUGGGAAACAAUUUUGUAUAUGUGUGUUUGCAUCAACUGAAAUAGAAGAGCAGAAAUAAAUAUGUGUGAUCAGCAGCACUCAGUACUUAGUAUACUACAUUGUUUGUUUUUAUUGAGUGUGUGCAGUCAAAAGUGCUUUCAUAUGUGGUAUUAAUUCAUAGGACAGAUUUUGUAUUAGUAGGUAAGGGUAGUGUGAUAUGUUAGAACUUAAUACAAUUUUAAAUUUCUGUGAUAAGUUUUUCCCUGUGGGUAUUAGAGCCAGUCAGCUCAAAAUAUUCUUUGUCUCUCAUAUGAACAGUGGAAAUGUGUGCCUGUAUGCUAUUGAGAUCAAAUGUUAUUUUUAAUUACCAAUCUGAGAUACAAAGACAUGUUGAAAAGUCACUGUAAAUUUUAGGGAAGUGGUUGUUUCAUGCUUAAGGUGUAAUAUAGUUUAUCUUUGUCAUAAAAUAGAUAGCUAUCACCUGACAUGUACAGAAGGGAGUGACAUAAAUUACUGGUAUAGAUUGUAGAGUACAUUACCUGAGUUUUCCCAUGUAUGAAUGUCCUUGCUGAAGCAGUGGAUGGGGUGGAAAAAAGAAAUGUGUUUGUUGCAAUAGUCACACAAAGCCUUUGUGGAAUACACACAUUUAUGCCUUUUCUUUGUGACCAUUCCUUUAUUGUGUAAAAAAAAUCAAAGAUUUUAGAGCACAAUAGUCUUCCUUGAUGUGUUGUGAUCUACUAUCAUUCACCUCGUUAUGUUCUAGGUGACUGAUGACAUAUUCUCCUUUUUUCCUCCAUUGUGCUUACUUAAUCACAAAUUUCCCGUGACAAUAGUGUAGGACUGAUGUACAUAAUGAGUAUUUACAAGAACAAUAACAAAGUUAAAAAUAGUACUUUAAAAUCUAUUUUUUCUUUUGUUUUAUAUGUGCAAUUUUGAAAUGUAAACUACUUAUUGUACAGAUCAAAUUCUGAAUGCAUAUAAACAUUUCUCACAUAACAUGUCUUGUGUAUAAAACAACUGCUUCCCCUAGCUACUUAAUGUCAAAUAAUUGCUGUUUAUUUUCAGAUCACUGUCCAUCGCAGCCCCCAUAUCACUACUCAUUUUCCUGCUACUAAUCAUUUUUGUUUGUAAGUCACAUAAAAGAUAAGUACUAAAAGCAUUGUACUUUAUAAUAGUUGAAAAAUCUAAAAAGUAAAAUAUUUUAUUUUCAA